GCCCUCGAGCUCCGCCAGCUCGCGGGCGGGGGCGCGGGCCAGAGUAGCCCGCUGGUGCUCCGCGGCACGGGGACGGGACGCGGCAGGAGCCGCAGGUCGGCCCGCGCGCUUUGACGCACCGGGCGCCUCUGCGGCAGGAUGAAGCGCUGCUCGCCUCCGGCCGAGUUGUUUUUGCGAAAGCUGCUCCCGGUGCCCCGAGCGCUCAAGGUCUGAACUUCCCUCUGGAGCCGCAGUUGGAGGCGCGCGGCUAGAGGCCAACAGCGGGCGACAGCGCCCGAGGGGAGCGCAGCGCAGCGCGCCCGGGACUCAAGACUCAGCGCCGCCGAGGCACGGGAACCCCGGGAGCACCAGGUACCUCUGACCCGGUCGGGAAAGGUUCCAAGAGCUCGGCAACAUGGCUUCCUCACCCCACCAGCAGCUGCUGCAUCACCAUAGCACCGAGGUGAGCUGCGACUCAAGCGGAGACAGCAACAGCGUGAGGGUCAAGAUCAACCCUAAGCAGCUGUCCUCCAACACCCACCCGAAGCACUGCAAGUACAGCAUCUCGUCCAGCUGUAGCAGCUCGGGAGACUCCGGGGGGCUUCCCCGGCGGAUGGGCGGCGGGGGUCGCCUGCGCAGGCAGAAGAAACUGCCCCAGCUGUUCGAGAGGGCCUCCAGCCGGUGGUGGGACCCCAAAUUCGACUCCGUGAACCUGGAGGAGGCCUGUCUGGAGCGCUGCUUCCCGCAGACCCAGCGCCGCUUCCGGUACGCACUCUUCUAUGUGGGCUUCGCCUGCCUUCUCUGGAGCAUCUACUUCGCUGUCCACAUGAGAUCCAAAGUGAUUAUCAUGGUGGUCCCGGCUCUGUGCUUCCUGGUGGUGUGUGUGGGCUUUUUCCUGUUUACUUUUACCAAGCUGUACGCCCGGCAUUAUGCGUGGACCUCGCUGGCUCUCACCCUGCUGGUGUUCGCCCUGACCCUGGCUGCGCAGUUUCAGGUUUGGACACCUCUGUCAGGACGUGUUGACAGCUCCAAUCAAACGCUCACAGCCAAGGCGGUGGACACUUGCUUAUCUCAAGUGGGGAGCUUCUCCAUGUGCAUUGAAGUGCUCUUUCUACUCUACACGGUCAUGCACUUACCUCUGUACCUGAGCUUGUUUUUGGGGGUGACCUAUUCUGUCCUUUUCGAGACCUUCGGGUAUCAUUUCCGAAAUGAAGACUGCUUCCCCUCCCCGGGACCUGGGGCCCUGCACUGGGAGCUGCUGAGCAGAGCCCUGCUCCACGUGUGCAUCCACGCCAUCGGGAUCCAUCUGUUUGUCAUGUCUCAGGUGAGGUCCAGGAGCACCUUCCUCAAGGUGGGACAGUCCAUUAUGCACGGCAAAGAUCUGGAAGUAGAGAAAGCCCUCAAAGAGAGGAUGAUUCAUUCUGUGAUGCCAAGAAUCAUAGCUGAUGACUUAAUGAAACAAGGGGACGAAGAGAGUGAGAAUUCUGUCAAGAGGCACACCACCUCCAGUCCCAAGAACAGGAAGAAGAAAUCCUCCAUACAGAAAGCACCUAUAGCGUUCCGCCCUUUUAAGAUGCAGCAGAUCGAAGAGGUCAGUAUUUUAUUUGCAGACAUUGUGGGCUUCACCAAAAUGAGUGCCAACAAAUCCGCUCAUGCCUUGGUAGGUCUCCUCAACGAUCUGUUUGGUCGCUUCGAUCGGCUGUGUGAGGAGACCAAGUGCGAGAAGAUCAGCACCCUGGGAGACUGUUACUACUGUGUGGCAGGCUGUCCGGAGCCCCGCGCAGACCAUGCCUACUGCUGCAUUGAGAUGGGCUUAGGCAUGAUAAAAGCCAUCGAGCAGUUCUGCCAGGAGAAGAAAGAGAUGGUGAACAUGCGUGUCGGGGUUCACACAGGGACUGUCUUAUGUGGUAUCCUGGGCAUGAGGAGGUUUAAAUUCGAUGUGUGGUCUAAUGACGUGAACUUGGCUAAUCUCAUGGAGCAGCUGGGAGUGGCUGGCAAAGUUCACAUAUCCGAGGCCACUGCAAAAUACUUAGACGACAGGUAUGAAAUGGAAGAUGGGAGAGUUACUGAACGCCUUGGCCAGAGCGUGGUCGCCGACCAGCUGAAAGGUUUGAAGACAUACCUGAUAUCGGGCCAGAGAGCCAAGGAGUCUCACUGCAGCUGUGCAGAGGCCCUGCUUUCUGGCUUUGAGGUCAUUGACGGCUCACGGGCGUCCUCAGGCCCUAGGGGACAGGGGACAGCAUCGCCAGGGAGUGUCAAUGACUUGGCACAGACUGUCAGAACCUUUGAUAACUUUAAGACUUGCCCUUCUUGUGGAAUCACAUUUGCUCCUAAAUCUGAAGCUGGUGCAGAAGGAGGAACUGUGCAAAAUGGCUGUCAAGACGAGCCUAAGACCGGCACCAAGGUAACAAGCUCAUGGCUGUUGUUCCUGUCAGUACCUCUCCUGGCGCAUCCACCUAAGGCUUCUGGAGGACCCAACUCCAAAACCCAGAACGGACUCCUGAGCCCUCCUCCAGAGGAGAAGCUCACCAAUAGCCAGACCUCCUUGUGUGAGAUCCUGCAGGAGAAGGGACGGUGGGCAGGUGUGAGCUUGGACCAGUCAGCCCUCCUCCCACUGAGGUUCAAGAAUAUCCGUGAGAAAACUGAUGCCCACUUUGUGGAUGUCAUCAAAGAAGACAGCCUCAUGAAAGAUUAUUUCUUCAAGCCACCCAUCAAUCAGUUCAGCCUGAACUUCCUGGAUCCGGAGUUGGAGCGAUCCUACAGAACCAGUUACCAGGAAGAGGUCAUAAAGAAUUCUCCUGUGAAGACUUUUGCCAGCGCCACCUUCAGUUCCCUCCUGGAUGUGUUUCUGUCCACCACAGUGUUCCUGAUCCUCUCCAUCACCUGCUUCCUAAAGUACGGAGCCUCGGCCACUCCACCCCCACCCGCUGCCCUGGCCAUCUUUGGUGCAGACCUGCUGCUGGAGGUGCUGUCCCUAGUCGUGUCCAUCAGAAUGGUGUUCUUCCUAGAGCAUGUCAUGAUGUGCACGAAACGGUCGCUGGAAUGGAUUGCUGGCUGGCUGCCUCGACAUUGCAUAGGGGCCGUCCUGGUUUCUCUCCCUGCCCUGGCUGUCUAUUCACACAUCACCUCUGAGUUUGAGACAAACAUACAUUCCACCAUGUUCACGGGCUCUGCGGUGCUGGUGGCCGUGGUGCACUACUGUAACUUCUGCCAGCUCAGCUCCUGGAUGAGGUCCUCCCUCGCCACCAUCGUGGGGGCUGGGCCAUUGCUUCUGCUCUACAUCUCCCUGCGCCAGGACAGUUCCAUAGUGAUGUCACCCUUGGAUACAGCACAGAACUUCAGUGCCAGUGGGAACCCGUGCAACAGCUCACUGCUGCAGGACAGCAGGAGGCCGGCCAGCCUCAUAGGCAAGGAGCUCAUUCUCACCUUCUUUCUCCUGCUGCUCUUGGUCUGGUUCCUGAACCGAGAGUUCGAGGUCAGCUACCGCCUGCACUACCAUGGGGACGUGGAAGCUGAUCUGCACCGCACCAAGAUCCAGAGCAUGAGGGAUCAGGCUGACUGGCUGCUGAGGAACAUCAUCCCCUACCACGUGGCCGAGCAGCUGAAAGUCUCCCAGACGUACUCCAAGAACCAUGACAGUGGAGGCGUGAUCUUUGCCAGCAUCGUCAACUUCAGCGAGUUCUACGAAGAGAACUAUGAAGGGGGCAAGGAGUGCUACCGGGUCCUCAAUGAGCUGAUCGGUGACUUUGAUGAGCUUCUGAGCAAGCCAGACUAUAACAGCAUUGAGAAGAUCAAGACCAUUGGGGCCACGUACAUGGCAGCAUCGGGGCUGAACACUGCCCAGUGUCAGGAGGGCGGCCACCCGCAGGAGCAUCUGCGGAUCCUCUUUGAGUUUGCCAAGGAGAUGAUGCGCGUGGUUGAUGACUUCAACAACAAUAUGUUGUGGUUCAACUUCAAGCUUAGGGUUGGCUUUAACCACGGACCCCUGACGGCAGGUGUCAUAGGUACCACCAAGCUGCUGUAUGACAUCUGGGGGGACACGGUCAACAUCGCCAGCAGGAUGGACACCACCGGUGUUGAGUGCCGCAUCCAGGUGAGCGAAGAGAGCUACCGUGUGCUGAGCAAGAUGGGUUACGACUUCGACUACCGCGGGACUGUGAACGUCAAGGGGAAGGGGCAGAUGAAAACCUACCUUUACCCAAAGUGCAUGGACAAUGGGCUCGUGCCCCAGCACCAGCUGUCCAUCUCCCCAGACAUCCGUGUGCAGGUAGACGGCAGCAUUGGACGGUCUCCCACGGAUGAGAUUGCCAACUUGGUGCCUUCUGUUCAGUACUCAGACAAGACUUCCUUGGGAUCGGAUGACAACACACAGGCCAAGGAAGUGCACCUGUCCUGUAAGAGACCCUGGAGAGAGCCGGCCAAAGCUGAAGAAAGGUUUCGGUUUGGAAAAGCCAUAGGAAAGGAUGAGGGUGAAGACACGGGAAUAGAAGAGGCCAACGAACUCACCAAGCUCAAUGUCUCAAAGAGUGUAUGAGGCGGCGUGGCGAGCUGCCGAGGUGCUCCGUUCAUCCACACACAAUAAUAUUUGUACUGACGGGCUGGCGUGCUCUCCAGCGCCUCAGUUUCUGUUCCCGGAUGUGGUGUCAUGUGGUCAUUUCAGCCCUGAUCUCUGUGUGGAUCACAGUUAUUCAGGGUCCAUUUCCACCCUUUCUUUCCUUUUCUCCCUUUCCUGGAAGCCUGCCCCCAGCUUGGGGGAUCCAUUCAGCUGUGGAGGAAUACAAGUGCCUUCAGGGUUUGGCCUUGAGUCUAUGGCCGAGGCCACUGGUGGAAUCAUGGCCCUGGGUAUUAUUUGACUUCUUUAGGGAAAAAAAAAAGAAAACAAGAAAAAAAAGCUGUGGUUAAGAUACCGUUUUUAUUGCCUUUUCUCACAAGUUUUUUUCCUCAUACGGUGUUUUCCAGUUUAUUUUUUCUAUAAAUGUAAUAGUGUUUUCAGUCACCUGGCCUUUCUAAGCACAUACACGCACACACUUGCAUUUAUGAAUCUGACAUAAAGUGCCAGUAACUCAUCUGGGGGAGGGGCUAUAAAAGGGAGCAGGGCUGGGAAGCUCAGCAAGCCCCCUCCUGGCAUCUCUGGGUACCUGGGCCCAUAGUCCUAUGACCCACGAACACUGGGCAGUUUCAGGGGCUCAUCUGCACGCAGGCCAGGAUUUCCUAUACUCACCAGGCACAAAGCUCACAAACCAGGCCUCAGGAAUCUCAAAGCCGUGUUUCAUCCUGACCCUCCACAGAGGGUCUUCCAGCCAAGAGCGAAGAUGUUCGUCUCGGAAGCCGACUCACCUGAGGGAGACACUCAGCCAUCUGAGGGUUGCGUUUAUUUAUUUAUUUAUUUGUCAAAACGUGUAUUAUGGGGAGGGGGCACUGGGUAGUUUUGGUAGAGGGAAACGGAGUGGGCAGGGCAGUUUGCAGAGGACACAGCAGAUCAAUGACAAGAUGUCCCUCAGCCUUUCAUGUCUCAUCCACUGUGGCCCACGGUGCCGCCAAGGGUGCUGCUCCCCCUUGUGGGGAUCCGGAGUAAAACUGGCUCUGCUCCAAGUGGGAUUCGGCAGCCCUUUGGUCCAGUCCUCCCACUGUUGAACUGCGCAGGCUGAUCUGCGGUGGGGUUAACUCUGCGGGCCAAGUCAGACUCUCUAGAGGGGUUUCUUACAGUGCACCGAGGUGGGGCAGAACCAUCUGUAUGCCAAAGGAGGUGCAGACAGCCAGACACGGAGACGCUAAGGAAAUUCCUGGCUGCUAGCCUUGCUUGGAAUUUUGUCUUUCCCUGCUGAGUCUCCAGUUUGUGCUGAUUGGAGCUCAGGCUACAGGUGCCUGCCGUCGUCAUUUUCCAGGUGACACUGGUGUGCAGCUCAGAGGCAACCGAGGGCCAGCCCUGUUUGGUGGGGGUCUCAUGCCGUGCCCUGUGGUGUGUCCUUUCACUGGUAAACCUCACUGUAUAAUUGUCACAUCUGAGUUGAAUCCUCUUGUCACUCAUGCCCAAAGACAGACAGAACCUGCUGAUGCUAGUGGGGUGACAUCUUAGUUCUAGUCAGCCACUUCCCCUGGGGACACCUGGGAUGGCCACCCAAGCAUCACAGCCAUGCCAGGCCCCGAGUGGACCUAGUGACUGGGAGACUUUCCAUCCCAGUUGGCUCCCUGUUGGUCUUCCAACUCGAAGAACAGACAGCUGUGACAAUACCUCUUGCUUCUAAAGAAUGUAUUCUUGUACAAUGCCACAGAUAUUUUUUUUCUUAAAAACACUACCUGAUUCUUUCCUUGUACUAGGAUUUAGGGCAUGUUGGGUUUCUGCCCGUCAGUAUUAGGGCGUGCAUUCUCUGAGUGAGUGCCAGUCUUGUUCCGCCUCCAGGCUGCGUAGCUGAGGAGCUAGCUGGUUGUCUGUGUCUUGUCUUUGCAGUCCUGGUUAAGAUGUGCUCUACCAAGUUCAUCUCUACGCACAUUUUUCCCUCCCAAACUCUUUUUCCUUUCUCUGCUACAGACGCGUUUGUGAUUCUUUCCCAACCCUCCCCCUAACCAUAGACCUGCAAACCACCCGGAGAGAGUCAUUGGCCUUGAGCAGGUAGUCCAGCUGGGCAUUGUACAAACAGAGCCCUGGAUGAAGGGCAGCUCACACGGAGUGCAAUGCUCUUAGGAAACACCCUGAGCCUUCCUGAAGAACCACAGACAUUCUUUCUUCUUUCAGGGUGCCAGGCCCCUGAGGCCUUCCCAGCUCCCUGCCCCAAAGCAUACCUCAACACAGAACCACGGGCUCUGCAGCACACCUGCCGCGCAGCCUGGUCUGUUGGCAUUGAACAAACAGCUGGAGACAGUUGGGCUUCUAGGCGGUGGACUCAGUGUCCUUUGGGUGGCAAUACUUCUUAGGAACCUAGGGCAGGAAGCAAUACUCCAGAAUUGAAUGUGUGUAAAUAGUUGCUUGGCGUUGCAAUUGCUCUUCCCUUCUCGGUCCCAGCUAGAUCGAUUUUAUACAUCAGUAUGAUCAAGCACACGUAAUUUUAUUCCACACAGAUGAGCAUAGAGCAUCAGUUAUAAGCCCCUAAGCUGCUUGACGAGCCCACAGACUGUGCCACACCUGCGCAUGGCUUCCUUCACUCUGACUUCACUCCUGGGGACUGCACCUGCACAUUUGCACAUGACACAGAGCCAAAGGCAGUGUGCAACCAUCACCUGGGCUGCAGGCACCGGUACUUUCCAAAGAAAAGUCUGCGUUUGAAUCUCUUGAUUUCAAGGUCAGCGUUUUUUGAUUGGUUGUUUUGAAAAUCGCAUCAUGCCUAGAUCCUGAAAUUAAAUUAGCAAGAACCAACUGUUUGUGUUCCCAUGUUUCCUUUGCUCUGCUCUUUUUAAAUUGUUAAUUCUAAGAAUUUCAAAAUGCAUCCACUGAAAAAAAUGGAUAUUAAAAUAAUUCUAAAACUUAA